AUGCCUAAUGAGCAGCUCACCAUCGCUGGCAGAACCUUGUCUUCCCGUCUUCCGCUUCGCACCCUCACUGGGUCUCUGAUUAUCCGAAGUCCCGAGCAAGAUGUUGAAGCGCCGCUUGAUGAACGAACAGAACCUGAGAGGCAGGAGGUUCCCGAAUCAACCCACGUCCCUGGCCGCGAAGAGGACACUGAUCAGGUUGAGAGAUCGCCCACGACCGCUUUCGAGGCUGACUCGGAACCCUUCGCGCUCCACAUGUAUCAGCGAAUGGCCGAGGAGCCAUCUGAAGAAGAGCUCGAGCCCGAGAGCCAAAGUGCUACGUCAAUUGGUGUCACCCACCCUGGAGAAGCAGCUGGGUUCACGCUAUCCGCCCGAGAAUCAGAGCCUUCAGUGCACUCUAGCGCCGAAGCUGUGCUCGAUGAGGCACCGCAGAUAGUGGGCAGAUUGAGAGUAGCGCCCACAGAGCCUCGCACAACCGAUCGUCGACGCAGCAGUGCGGCCCCUGGUAUCACAGCGUCUCCUCCACAGACCAUCCUUGAGGGCAUAGAAGUCGGAGCGCAAACUAAAAGCCCGACGAAGAAGCCGAAGCAAGGCGCGAACUACCCACCUGAGCAGCAAUAUCCGCCAGCGCCUGCAUAUCCUAUACGGGAGACUCCCUCAUGGACGAAGCCGGACACUCGGACUCCAUCACCGAAGGUGAAAGCCGAGACUCCGCCCAAGAAAGGAGGAUGGCUUAAUUUCGGGGCCAAGCCAGAAAAAGAGUCUCCUGAUCAGCCUCAAUACCCGAGAAUCCGCCUCAGGACGAACCGCGUGCGCAGUAUUCCCGUCGCGUCUCGUCAGGCCCUUCUCGCCGCCAAUCGCAAUCUCAAGGAGCUCUCUACACCCAGAGAGAUGCUGCAGUCAGUUCCAGAGCACCCACGUUCCAAGCUAACCUGGAGAUUGAGGAUGAGACUUCUCGAGCGAAUGAAGACCCCCAUGAAGAAGACUUCCAGGAACCCGUCCGGAGAGACGUCCGCAGGCCGACUGGCAUGGGAAGCCCAAUCGCGAAACCAGGAGCAACGCCCAAAGAAGGAGCUCAGUCGCCUGAGACACGACAGACAUUUUCUCCAGUUCCCCAGAAAGAAGGCCCAUCAGACGAAGAAGAGUCAGAGCAAUCGCCGAGCAGGUUUCCGGAACUGCCUGGUGCUCAAGUGCCUAGAAGACAACCGCAAGACCAAGAACAAGAACCAACAGCGCGAGCCGACGAACAAAGGCGGCAGACUGAAGUGGCUAUGGAAGAAGAUCCUGCGCCUGCCGAUGCAAAGAGUGCCCAAGAUCAAGACAUCCCCACUCGCCGUCGUAUUUAUAGCUCAGGCGGGCCCUUCGAAGAUGACAAUGCCUGGAUCAACAGCAUGGUCGACCUCUCGCGCUCAAAGACCAUCCCAAGAUCGACUAUCAGAGAUGAAGGUGAUCGAAGGCUUUCAAGCACAAACCCAGAAGAAGCGCAAAUCGCACGAGCAAAGACUCGUCGUACAACCACAGAACGAGCGCCUGAUACCGCAACAGCCUCCCGGUCUGCGCGAAAAGUCUCAACAACCGCCACACGAAGACCAUCUUCGUCAGUCGCAAGGACGAACACGCGACGGAAGUCGUCAGCAGCCGGAGAAAGCAGAGCAAUGCCAAUCCUCACAGAAGUACCAACAGUCUCCAGAGCACCAACGCGAUCGGCGACGAUCCCCUCAAUAUCUGGACAAGCAAGUAUCCGACGAGGGUCUAUCGCCCCUAGAAGGGGUACAGCUGUCUCCCCAGCAGCUUCGCCAGACAUUCAAACCACACCAACAAAGGGAGGCAGCUCAAGAUCAACCCCGCGGCAAGAGUCCAGAGGUGCGACCUCGCCUGUCGCGGUACAAUCAGGUCGACGGUCAUCUACUGCAACUAGAACAGGUACGCCAAUCUCCCGAGCGGCGUUACCAGAAUAUGAAGCAACAAGGAGAGGGGGAGACGGACCUAUGUCGCCGACGUCACAAGGUUCGCGUGGUACAAUCUCGCCAGUUCCAACCUUCAACAGGGGAAAUUCUCCUUCCAGGAUACAGCCAUCGAAAGGUUCACUGGGUACAGCCCAGCGCGCGGAACGUGUCUCAGAACAACAAGCCCAAGCAAGCCCACGAGCAGAACCAAGCGAUGCCAAGCCAGCAAUGCCACGCCGAGUGA